GCUGUGUUAGGUUGUCAAUCAGGCGAAUUGGGUAACAACAAGCCACCCACCUUUGUGCCGACAGAGAAUCACGGGAGUUGGAAGUUUCAGGGGGUGGAACGGGAGGAACAUGCGAAGCUGUGGGGAGCUACUGGGGUUUGGGUGUUUGUUAUUCGGUUAGGGAGGGAGAGUGCGGCGGUACACGUGUGACGGUCAGCGAGGUGGCCUUCAUGUGAGUGUGUGUCGCUCCGAGUCGCUGCGGCUGGCCUGUAUUUCCGCAGCGAGUACUGACACUAGCUAACUGUAGCUAACCUUAGCUAAGUGUAGCUAACUGUACUGUGUUCUGGCUGCUUAGCGCGUUAGCUCGGCACAAAGGGGAAGUAAGGCAGCCGCACUUCAAAGCGCAGGGGCUCUUUCCCCGGGUGCCGUGUUGUUGGACGUGCGCUGCUCCGUGCUCGGUGUUUACAAGGCUGCCAAUAGCCGUCUUGGGCUAAAGCCCGUCCCCGCUCCUGCGGCCGGCCCGCGAAGGAGCGCCACGACGCCCCGGAUCGCAGGCUGUGGCGGAGUAUGCGAAGCAGGAGGCGCACGUCGCUGAGAUGAGGACGGGGGGGAAGUUGUAGAAACCCGGGCAUUACUGUGCGCUUUCGGCCGCCGUCUUGACGUGCCCGAAUCGGGACGAGGAUGAAGAAGUUCUCCCGCAUGCCGAGGUCCGAGAGUGGCGGGCCAGGUGGAGGCUGCGGCUCGGGGUCCUCUUCGGGGGUCUCCAGCUACAUCGGAAGAGUGUUCGCCGUGGGCCGGUACCAGGUCAACGUGGAGGAGCUCAUCGCGGAAGGUGGAUUUUCUGUGGUUUUUCUUGCUCGAACUCAUAGUGGAGUUCGAUGUGCCCUGAAGAGGAUGUACGUAAACAAUGUGGCGGACCUCAGCGUCUACAAGAGGGAGAUCACAAUCAUGAAAGAGCUUUUGGAUCACAAGAAUAUUGUACGCUACUUGGAUUCUGCCAUUAAUGCCGUGGCAGAGAGUGUCUGGGAGGUCCUGAUUCUCAUGGAGUACUGCAGAGCUGGUCAGGUGGUUAAACAGAUGAACCAGCGUCUUCACACAGGCUUCAGUGAGGCAGAAGUCUUGGCUAUUUUUUGUGAUACCUGCGAGGCCGUUGCCAGGUUACAUCAGUGCAAGACCCCAAUCAUUCACCGAGAUCUAAAGGUGGAGAACAUCCUCUUGAAUGACCAGGGGCACUACGUUCUGUGCGAUUUCGGAAGUGCCACACACAAAGUGCUCCAUCCUCAUAAAGAUGGAGUGAAUGCAGUAGAAGAUGAAAUAAAAAAGUACACCACCCUCUCGUACCGAGCCCCUGAGAUGGUUAAUCUGUAUGGAGGGAAGCCCAUUACCACCAAGGCUGAUAUAUGGGCACUUGGAUGCUUGUUGUACAAGCUUUGUUUCUUCUCACUUCCAUUUGGGGAGAGCCAGGUUGCCAUGUCUGAUGGGAACUUCAUUAUUCCAGAUAACUCCAGAUUCUCCUUUAAACUGCACUGUUUAAUCAGAUACAUGCUUGAGCCAGAUGUAGAGAAGAGACCUGACAUCUACCAGGUUUCCUACUUUGCCUUCAAGUUGGCCGGAAAAGAGUGCCCUGUGCCAAAUCUCUUUAACUCUUCCCUGCCAACGUCCCUCCCAGAGCCUCUUACUGCCAGUGAGGUGGCUGCAAAGAAGAGUUUGACGAAGGCCAGAAUAACGGACUCGGUUGGACCAACAGAAACCUCAAUUGCCCCAAGACAGAGACCAAAGGCUGCAAAUGCCAAUGUUGUGUCCAUUCACAAUACUGUUACUCCUGUGAAAAUGACGGUUCCUACUGGACCAGUGAGCAAUGGACAGAAAGUGUCGGCCCCGGGGAACGGACAGUCUGCUUUGCAAACUUCCUCAGGCAGCCAGCAGCACCGCAUCCUGCAGCAGCUGCAGCCAGGAGACCUACGACUACAGCAGUUUCAAAAACAGCAGCAACAUCUUCAUCAGCAACAGCUUCAGCAGCAGCAACAACAGCAGCUUCAGCAGCAACAACAGCUCCAACAACAACAGCAGCUUCAGCAGCAACAACAGCUCCAACAACAACAGCAGCUUCAGCAGCAACAACAGCUCCAACAACAACAGCAGCUUCAGCAGCAACAACAGCUCCAACAACAGCAACAGCAGCUUCAGCAGCAGCAACAGCUCCAACAACAGCAACAGCAGCUUCAGCAGCAGCAACAGCUCCAACAACAGCAACAGCAGCUUCAGCAGCAGCAACAGCUCCAACAACAGCAACAGCAGCUUCAGCAGCAACAACAGCUCCAGCAGCAGCAACAACAGCUCCAACAACAACAACAGCAACAGCAGCAGCAACAACAGCUCCAACAACAGCAACAACAGCUUCAGCAUCAGCAGCAGCAACCAAAUCAACAACAGCUUAUUUACCUACAGCAGUACCACCAGGCCCUCCAGAUGCAUCAGCAGCCGCACAUACUCAGCCAGCAGAUGGCAAUGCAGCCUGUGUAUCAGCAGCAGGCCCAGUACGCGGCCAUGAUGCACCUGUAUCAGCAGGCCUUUGCACAGCAGCAGCAACACCAACAUCCCAAUCAUCAGCAGGUCCCCUAUCACACCUCCCCGUUGGAAUUCCAGGCUUCCCACACGAACUUUAACCCUUCUGGGUUGGGUCGCAUGGGGCCUGUCGCUGUGGAACCUUCAUUCACUAACACCAGAAACCCCUCCGUGAGUUCAGAGGUGGUUACCCCUCCCCCACAGAACAUCAGUAAUCCCCCUGAUAUGUCAGGAUGGAAUCCCUUUGGAGAAGACAACUUCUCCAAGAUGACUGAAGAGGACCUGCUGGACAGAGAGUUUGACCUCCUGAGAGCGAAAAAGCCCGUGGAGGGAGCAGCCAGUGUAGACCUCAGCAUAGGGAAGCAGCUGCCCUCAAAGCCUCUGCAGGAUGACCUUUUUGGCUCUGUACCUUUUCUGUCCAGCCCAGAUGCCAGUACGAAGACCCCAGAGCAGCCCACGCCGGAGCCUAAUCCCGCUGCUGAAGACCAACCGGUGAAAGAGUGCAAAUCCAACAAGAGAAGUGCCUCUUCUGGCCUGCUGUGCAGAGCAGGAGAGGAGUCAGACAGCGACUUCGAAUCAGAUCCUCCAUCUCCAAAGAGCAGCGAGGAGGAGGAGAUUGAGGAAGACGAAGGUCUGAACAGUGAGCAUGGUGAGUUCAACGAGUACACGGAAUGCGAGAACCUCGGGCAGAGGCCCCUGCUCAUGGAUUCUGAGGAGGAGGAUGAAGAAAAGCACAGUUCUGGUUCGGACGACGACCAGAAAAAGGGCAAAGUGCUGGCAAGGAGCCCGGCAGAGCGGAAAACACAGAGUACAGGGCAGGGAGCCGCCAGGGCAGAGUCCGGCUCCAGUCUGAUCACGCCCCCCGAGUCGCCCAUCGUGACCACGACGGACGUCUUCGGAGCAGUGCCCUUCCUCGGCAGUGACCAGGCCAAACCCGAAGCCGAAAGUGGUGACAUUUUCGCCAAGGCCCCAUUCAGACAGGCCAGCCAGGAGCAGAUUAUGGAUGAAUUUGAUGUAUUUACCAAAGCCCCAUUCAACAGAAACUUGUCCAGAACAAACAAGAGCAUUGACGCCCCAAUAGGACAAACGCCCCCUGUGUCCCCUGACAGCGUGGACGUGUUCGGCUGCUCUCCUUUCCAGCCUAGCCAUUCACCGCCGCUUUCUGCGGCCCCAGAGGAUGUCUUCGGCCAGGUACCCUUCGAAGAGAUCCCCAGCAGCCAACAACAAAAGAUAAAGCAGCGUAGCCUUCAGAAGCUCUCUUCGAGGCAGAGACGUACAAAACAGGAGACCAGCAAUAGCAAUGGUAAGCGUCACCACGGAACUCCCACCAGUGGCAGGAAGACGGGCAAGGCCAGUUUCCGUACGCCGGAACGCGUACGGCGACACAAGCGAGUGGGCAGGAGGGACUCUCAGAGCAGCAACGAGUUCCUCAGCGCCUCUGACUCCAAGGAGAACAUCAGCGUCAGCGUGGGGGAUGGCAAAGACAAGGGAGCACCUUUGCCAGCUGAGGAGGUCAACCUGGACCCAUUUGGUGCCAAACCUUUUCAUCCACAAGACACUGGCUGGAACUCUCAGCAUCAAGGGGACAUUGGUUGCUCUAAUGGGAGACCUCGAGCCACAUCUUUGCAGAGCACGUUCAGUGAGGGGAAUACCAUGGAUGACUUUGGGGCCGUGCCGUUCACGGAGAUGGUCCAUGGCGUAGCACAGCAGUCGACGCAGGUGGACCUGGAUCCUUUUGGCGCUGCUCCUUUCCCCUCAAAACCUUGACCGUCUUCCAGCGUCCAGCAUUGUGAUGAGAGAAGAUCCACACAGUCCUUGGAUUGAAUCCCCACUGAUCUGCUGCCAACCUGGGGAUACGUACUCAGUCCAAUCUUCAAAGCUUACUUUUAUAUGUAAUAUAUAUUUUAAUAAAGAAGUGGUCUUUGGACCAUGUUGGAGAGGAAUGAUCUUUUUUUAGAAUUUAUCUGCAUAGCCUUCAGCCUGCUUCUGUUCGCCAAGAAGCCUUUUUACGCGACAUAAUUGUUCUAAAAUCUACCCGUCGGGACUUUUUUAAAAAUAGGAAUUAUUGUUCGAUUGACUUGACCAUACUGUGAUAAACGCGCCUCAUUGACUGCUUGAGUUGCUGCAAAGCUUCACAUAGACUUCAGCUUCCUCUGCGAGCGAACAAUAAGAUUAACAAUAAGAGGUCGACACCACAAAGCCUUAUGGGGGGGGGGGGGAGACGCUGGGCUGCAUGGCACAGCACUGUACCUCAACCACCAAGCAAAGCCCGGCACCGCGGUGGAGCUCAAACACCUAAUGUAAGCCUUUAAAACUGUCUCACCUGGUCUCAAUUUACAUUUUCCUGCAUUUCUGUGUUUUUAGUUUUUCCUGAAUACAUGUAGCAGUUGUAUUUUUUUUUCUUUUUUGGAUUAUUAAAAUAAAAAGGGAUUUCUUUUAAUUUUUGAACUGUCAUGAGUUACAUUUUAGUAUUGAAUCUAACCGUAAUUCUAAUAUCAGACACAUUGUGUUCGGAUACUUUUAAAUAAAAUUUUGCUGUGUUUUUGUAAACAAAUUCACAAUAUCCUUACACAUGGAGUAUAAUGUGAUUGUUUUUCUGUAACAAUAUGAAAUAUCCUUGCAGUUUAAGGGGAUGAGCAAACCUCUCUCUCUCUCCUUUGCUGAUGUUGAUAAAAUCAAUAUUUACAGCUACUGACCAUUUAUACGGAAAGAGGUUUUGUAGGAAAUAGCCCUUUGCGAAAUGACCGCAGGUUGAAAUUGCUCCAUACAAAAUAAGUGCACUUUCCACAGUCUCACUUUCAUGGGAGCUCACUUGAAAGGGAUUGAAUAAAAAUUGAGUUUUGGGAAUAUAAGUGGGAUUUGCCAGUGGUGAAGUAUUUACCCACAUUAAUCCUGACUAAUAUGACUGUGUUUUUUUUUUCUCCUUUUAGUUUCUUCAUCCAUAUUGAUUUGUUUGAAAUUGAAGAAAUAAACUUAUGCAUUUUACAGUUUUUAAGUUUGAUCAAACAUCUGUUUGCUGUUUAAGUAUCCAAUAAAUCAGUUGGACUAAUGAA